UUAAAAGAGGAUUGUUGUUGGAUUUCAUAAGCCGGUUCCUGAAAUGUGUGGAAUUGGAUCUUGAAUUUCGAGUGUUCAAAGCAGGAAAAAAAAAAAAUUCAGGGGGCAGAUUGAAGGUGUAGAACUGACGUGUAUCUGAAUACUUUUUCUAUAACAUUCGUCAAUAUAAACGUAUAGCUGCAUAAUUAUUGUGAAAAAUCGAAACGUGCAAACUCAAGAUGAUAGGUCAUAAGGCAGGACAACCACUAUACCAUACGUUAUCUACUGUAUCUGUCGACUAUAGUCUAUCAUAUGUACGUAUAUACAUGUAAAUUCUCUCUCACUCUCUACAGACAUGAUACAAAUUCACAUGGACUCUCUAAAAGGUUUGAGAGAAGAACUCAAACGACGACCGCUGUCUAAGAUCAAGGCCAAGGCAAUAAAGCCGCCAUUACUUGAAGGCGAGACUAUGAUAAGCUACGGAAUACACUGCUAUCUGCUGAUGGAUGGGCGAGAGAACGGACUGCUGGUUCCAGCUGACGGGCACGUCUUUGUAACUUCGUACAGAGUCAUCUACAUCGGUACACCAUGCAACCUCAAGCUCCGAAUGUGAUAGUGACUCGUAGUUUCCCCGUGGCAACUAUCUUCAGGAAUCAAACGUCUCCCGCCCACACCCAUCACCCAGCUGGCUACCAUGACAACCAUGCGGUCUACAGAUCAGAACCGUCACUGCUGAGCUCCUUCGAAUCGGAUUUGACGAUGAUACGAACCCUCAAGACGUCAAACUGCUCAUCCAGCUAAUCGUUGACCUCUGCAACCCCACUAAGAUUACGAGGGGUCUAAAAUCUGCCCCACCCACCUCCCCCUCGAUCAGCGACAGCUGUGGGUUCAGUUCGGGAGGAGUCUCAUCUUCUUCCCUGACAGCCAGUCAGCUCAUCUCCAGCACAACUCGCAUCAAGAACACCAAGAACAACAACAGAGGUUUUGAGCAAUCCAACAUUCUGAGUACGUCGGACACACUGACACGAGUCAAGCAGAUCUCGGAUCUGUCCCGCAGUCCGUGCUGCCAGGAGUAUGAGAGAAUGGGACUCGGGAGUCUGAAUUUCUCCGCCAGUAACAGAGGACCGUGGAAGAUCACCGCUCUAAACAUGACCUACGCCGUUUGUAGCAGUUACCCAGCUGUCGUGGUGGUACCGGAAAGUACGUCAGACGAAACCCUCAUAUCAGUCUCGUCCCAAUUCCAGCAUAACCGGUUUCCCGUCGUCACGUGGAAGAGCCCUAGCAACCAGGCUGUCCUUCUUCGCUCCGGUUGCUUCGUUCCCAGCGCGACCCCCCAGAAAUUCGGCCCCCUGGGAAAUUUACCUACCGCGGUUCUCCCGGGGAAGAAUAAACUCAUCGGUGUCGCAGGGAGAUUUGCCGGCGCGGCGAACAAGGAGAAAGUGACGCACCCGCAAGCCAAUGGAGGGACGGGUGUGUUCAACAUGGACGUGGAAGGAUAUAUGUUAGAUAUUCUACACCUUAGUCAGAGCUAUCGCAGAAAGAGGAGAAAGACUAAUUUUCUGAGCGAGAUAUCGAGGGCACCGGAGACGAUGCAUUUCGAUCCACCGGAGCGGACUCCGGGGAAACACGGUUGGCGACGGCAGGCGAGCAAGAUGGGGGCACGAACGAAAAGCUGGGAAUCGGACGAUGUCGAUUUCAGUCCGAGGCGUCGGCAUUUGCGAAACGGGAACUCGAGCGAGCGAUCGCUGACGCCCGAACCGCAACUCGACCGAAUGCUCUCCAGCCCCGAGCCCGUCGGCAAGGGGCAGAAACGACGAUUCACGAUCUCGAACGUGAUGCACAAAGUCAGGAGUCCGCACAUCGCGCGCAGAAAGCGCUACAAGGUGGCGAAGAGUUCCGGAGACGUAGUGAUAGAGAAUGCAGUGUCACAGUCGCAUGGAGAAAGGGAAGAAGAUGAAGGGAUAAAGAUGAAGCCUAUAUCAAGAGGUGGGGAGGAAGGGAAAGCAGUAUUAGACGAGGCAAGAGAACAUGAGAAUCCAGAAGACAGAGGGAGUAAGGAAGAGGGGGAGCAGGGGAAGAGAGAUGAGAUCGUGAGUGACCAGCGAAGGAGAGAAGCUUCGGUUCUCACUAGUAGCGGACAGGAGAGUAUUGAUCUCGAACAAGCCAUUCGCGACAGAGGUCUCGAGGACCUCGGAGCCAUGUCACCAACACAGGGCAUACCAAAACUGCUCUCGCUGAAGAGAGGGUCUUCGACCCCUGACCUCCACAAAGGGGGUGUGGCCAGGGGAGGCGGUGUUGCCGUGGACGACGUAGAGGGAAUCGAUCUGGGGGAUAUAGAAAUGAGAGAGAAGCGGGAGACUUCGAUUUCUCCCGAGUCGGGCAAGGACGAGGAAGAGGAAGAAAGGAGAAAAAGUGCGAUUGAUUGGGAGAGGGUCGGAGGAGAAGCCGUUCCCGGUGAGACCACACCCACUGACCUGGAAUCAAGGCCGAGCACCUCUACACCGGAUCUCCAGUCCGGUUCCGGUUCUAGGCUCGACAUGGACGGAUCUUCCGAGUUUUGGGGUCUGAAUUCCCCCGAUUUCGAAGGGUCCCCUGCAACAUUCUCCAUGCUGCCAACGAACCCCCGAGAUUGGAUAACGGUCGACGCCCUCCCCGCCCAAUUACACCACUGGAGUGACUCCGCCCUUUACAUCAUCGGUGACAAGCAGGCUCUGAGGGAGGUGCCCGAUGACCUCUUCCCAAACUGCACGUUUGUCCCCGUGGAGGUGCCCGCCCCGUCCGAUGUUAGUCAGUGUUUCAAGAAGCUGAUGCGAGCCUGCGCCCCGAGUAACAGUAACUCCGGCUACCUCGCUGCUGUUGAGGAGAGUGGGUGGAUGACGCAGCUGAGUACAGUUCUGGAGAUGUCGGUUGCAGUGGCCGACCUCAUCCACAAUCAGGAGUCUUCUGUGAUGGUGUGUCUGGAGAACGGCUGGGACGCCACAGCCCAGGUCGUCAGCUUGGCCCAAAUCCUAUUGGAUCCUUACUACAGAACAAUAGAAGGGUUUCAGGCUCUGGUGGAGAAAGAUUGGCUCUCGUUCGGUCACCGAUUCUCGCAGAACGGAAAUCACACGAUAUCGUCUAACGUCUCAGGAUUCACACCCAUUUUUCUGCAGUUUCUCGAUCUCGUUCAUCAGGUCUUUCAUCAAUUCCCACUUUCUUUCGAAUUUUCUGAUUUUUACUUGCGAAUGAUGGCCUACCACCACUCGUCAAUGAGGUUUCAUACGUUCACUCUCAACAACGAGAAGGAAAGAUACGCAAACAACUGGUUGCAAUAUCGACCUCGGCAUGCCAACGUGCACGGGUCGUCGUGUCAGACGGAGCCAUAUGUGGCCUAUUGGAGUCACCUGUACUCCCUCCACUCCGAACUGACAAUACUCUACAACUUCAAAUACAAGCCAGACGCAAACACCGGUCCCCUGUUUCCACACUCGUAUCAAGCCAACCUCGAGCUCUGGUCCUUCUACCUCGCCAACAGUCUCUCCCAGUUCUCCCCUUAUGACACCGAGUUCCUCUCAGAAGGAGACCUAACUCCAGUCGAUCUACACUACAACCUCUUUGAGAAGGAAAAAUCGCUUACCGGAGGGCAGAAAGGGGCCGGGUUUUCGGGGGUUGACUUGGUAACGGGGCUGAGUGGGAUCGGGACUCUGCUGUUGGAGUAUACUGCUCUUAUAAACCUGCACGGGCAGAAGAAGGGGCUGCCGUCGGCAACCUGGAGGGAGCUCUGGGAGGAACUGCAAGACUCGGUCGGAAAAUCAGCAUCUCCUAUCCUUCCAGUGCAACCAUGUGACCGGUUGAUGCUGUCUCACGGACAGGCACUGCACAAACGAACAACAAUGGCCGUUUUGAUCAAGGGAAAGCUGGCUGUUGAACUGGAGGACCAGAUGACGUAUCCUCAUAACUUUGUAUCGGUCUCUCUUACUGGGCAACACGAGUGCGAAUUCUGCAAACACUCAGUCACAUCUAAACAAGCAUACAAGUGCAGCAGUUGUGGAAGCGUUUGUCACGAACACUGCAAGUCCAAAGUUCCCUUCAACUGUGGUCACAAACACGACAUCGCUCAGAAGAAAAAGAAGACCCCAGCGUUUCCGGAGCGAGCUGUAUGGCUUCACCGCACGCCGUCUUCGGGACCCCACGCAGGGAUGGGCGGAGUAUCGAGCCCCCAGCUGGAUGCAGCUACAAUGGACGGAGUUCUGCUGAAGAGAGGGAAAAUAGUGAAGAGCUGGAAGUGGCGCUACUUUAUCCUUAAUCCAGAAAAGAAAGAGUUGUGCUAUUACGACUCCAAGAAGAAGGAAAAGUGUCACGGAGUCAUCACUCUUACAGACGAGGACAGCGUAGAACAAGGUGACCCUCAGAUUGUACCCGGAUUGAAGCCCAACGAAAACGGAUACUUUUUCAAUCUCAUUACAUCCAAGAGAACUUAUUACCUAAUGGCAAAAUCUAACAAUGAGCGUGCAGAAUGGAUGGUUAGGAUUAAAAAUGCACUACCCAUUACAACUGUGUGAAAUCACUAAUCACUAGACAAGUAUUGUGUUUUUUGUGCCUCAGUUUUUUUUAUUAUGUUUUUCACACUUGAUUGUGACAUGCGUAUGAAAAUUUCUGCACUCAAUUCAACUGCCGAUAUAACACACUUUAUAGAACUACAAAAUUUAUAUAAUACAAAUCAAAGAGUUUCUACUGCUCUAAAGUUUCAUGACUCUACAAUAAUGCCCAACUCAACUACAUUUCUAUAUCUACAACAUUGUUCUUUGUCCACUUGUUUUGUUUGCUGUAUAACUUCACCGUCAUGUUGGGCGGCAGUAGCGACGUCGUACCCAGCGGUAAGUACGGUAGCGACGUCGUACCCUCACCCAGCGAUAUGCGUAGUACGGUUGUCGUACCGUGCGAUACAUACGGUAGCGACGUCGUACGCGUACCCAGCAAUACGUAUUGUACGGACGUCGCACCCUGCGAUAAGUGCAGUGCCGGUGACGUCGGCAGCGAUGACGACGACGGCGGCGACGGCGACGAUUUCUUCGUCGCCGAACCCUGCGCCUACCCCGACGCCGAAUUCGGCGCUUCAGCCCACGUUUAGCCCCACGUUUCAGUCCACGUUUAGCCCCACGUUUCAGUCCACGUUUCAGUCCAUGUUUCAGCCCACGUUUCAGCGCAGGUUUCAACACUAAUCUGGAUCCCAUUCGAAGCAAACUUCCAAAUAUUUGCUCACUAGCAGGGGCAUUCUCGUCUGAUUUUACGAUCGGGAAGUUUUGCAUUGUGGAGGUAGCAGAAGACUCAACCGGCUCUUCAUUAUCAUCUUGCAUCAGCGAAACUGGAUAUGGUACCAUUAUUUCCUGAAUAUAGGAUUUUACUCCACCCCUGCACCAGCACCGUAUCAAUUUUCGGCGGCUUUGGCCUCGUUUCUUUCCCCCUCGGCCCCGUUUCUUUCCACCCUUGCCUCGUUUCUUUCCACCCUUGCCUCGUUUCUUUCCACCCUUGCCCCGUUUCUUUCCACCCUUGC